AUGCCCCCGGCUUUCUCGCUCGGCGCCCCGGUAUCCCAUACGCUGCACGGCCGCCGGGAAGGUUGCGUUGGGAGCAGCGCGGGUCGGGUUCCGGGCGCGAGGACGAUGUCGCACCGCACCCGUAGUCUCAGGGCGCUCCUGGAACCCGUUGCACUCAGCGCCAGGCGCGCGAUCGGCGGCGGGGACGCGGCGAUGGCGCCCCGGUUCACGGCCUCCCCGAGGGCGACGCUCGAAACGUCGGCCCCAUCAUUUCGGGGCUCCUCUCGCGCCUUCGCCUCCAUCCGCGCGGCGCCGCGUUCCUUGGUCGGGUUCGAGCCGAUGUUCUCAAUCGUCCCCGGACACUCGCGUCCCGUCGGGUCAUCGAGGGGCCUGAGAUCGAGCGCGGUAGCGGGGAGCGUCGGCAAGCUCGUGGUGGUGGAGUCCCCGGCCAAGGCAACCUCGGUGCAGAAGUACCUCGGAGACGGCUACACCGUCCUCGCUUCUUACGGGCACGUUCGGGACCUCGUGCAAAAGAACGGCGGGGUCAAGCCCGAGGACGACUUCGCCAUGCUCUGGGCGGAGAAGGCGAGGGACGGGGUGGUGCGGGACAUCGUCAAGAACGCCAAGGGAGCCGCCGAGCUCCUGCUGGCCACGGAUCCCGACCGAGAAGGUGAGGCCAUAUCCUGGCACAUCGUCGAGCUGCUCCGCGAGAAGGGGGUGCUGGGGUCCUCCUCAUCCCUCCCCGUGAAGCGGGUCACGUUCACGGAGGUGACGAAGAAGGCUGUGCGGGAGGCGUUUGAGUCGCCGCGGGAGAUCAGCGCGCCGCUGGUGGAUGCCUACCUGGCGCGCCGCGCUCUCGAUUACCUCUUCGGAUUUACCCUCUCGCCGGUGCUGUGGAGGAAGAUGCCCGGGGCACUGAGCGCCGGGCGGGUGCAGAGCGCGGCGCUGCGCCUGGUUUGCGAGCGCGAGUUUGAGAUUGAGAGGUUCGUCAAGGAGGAGUUCUGGAACGUCUUCGCCGGCUUGGAACCCGACGGGAGCUCGGGGCGGUCGUUCGUCGGGGAGCUCACGCACCUCGACGGUAAACGGCUCGGUAAGAUGGAGCCGGGGUCGAGGGAGGCGGCGGAACUGGCCGCGAGGGCCGUGCUGAGCGCGUCGUCUACCCUGGCGGUGCACGACGUGGUCGAGAAGGACGUGUCCCGUCGACCGAGGCCGCCGUUCACCACGUCCACCCUGCAGCAGGAUGCCAGCUCCCGGCUCGGGUUCGGGGCGGCGAGGACGAUGGCCGCGGCUCAGUCUCUCUACGAGGGAAGGGGAUGGGGCGAAGGUCUCAUCACGUACAUGCGCACCGACGGUCUGCACGUGUCCCCGGCGGCUGUCGCGGAGCUGAGGGACGUGGCUGGAGCGGAGUUUGGCGAGGAAUACGUUCCCGAGAAGCCAAACUUCUUCAGGAAGGUUCAGAAGAACGCUCAGGAAGCGCACGAGGCGAUCCGACCGACCAAGGCUGGGAUCCUGCCCCAGGCGGUGGCGAACAGGCUCGGGUCCGGGUCCGACGAGGCCAGGCUGUACAGGCUGAUCUGGGCGAGGACGAUGGCAUCGCAGAUGUCCGCGGCGGUGACCAAACGAGUCCAGGCAGACGUGUGGUCCGAGGACGAGCGGCUCAGGCUCAAGGCUACCGGGUCCAGGCUGAUCUUUCCCGGCUACCUCGCCGCGUACAAACACGGCAUGCGGGACGGAGACGAUUCGACAUCCUUUGGUGACAACGACAGGUGGCUCCCUCGCCUGGACGUGGGUGAGAAAAUCAGGGUCAUCGGUGACGAGGUCAAGAUUGUCGAGCGCGAUAAGGACGCCAAGCGGGGUGGCUUCAAGAAGGCCGACGCCGAUGACGACGGUGAACAUGAGAUCGACACCACCGCCGGUAAGGACACGGGGGUGACCGCCACCCAGCACUGGACCCAGCCACCGGGGCGGUACACGGAGGGAAGCCUGGUGAAGGCUCUGGAGGAGAAGGGGAUUGGUCGCCCGUCCACUUACGCUACGAUCAUGAAGGUCAUCAAGCGACGGGGGUACGUCGCCGGCGAGAGCGGGCGGGGCCCGUUGAUCCCGGAGACGCGCGGACGUCUGGUAUCUUCCUUCCUGGCGCACUUCUUUGACGAGUACGUUGACUACGGGUUCACCGCGGGUCUCGAGGACAGGCUCGACGAUAUCGCCAGCGGCAAGGAAGACUGGAAGAGCGUGCUGUCGGGUUUCUGGGGGCCGUUCGCCGGGGACGUGGAGAGCCUAAAGGGAAUCAGGACCAGCCAGGUGGUGGACGUGCUCGACGCGACGCUGGGCGCUCACUUUUUCGGGGAUGACGAAUCGAGCGUGGAUGCGCGACUGUCGGCCAUUGAGCGCGCGGCGGAGGAGGCGGCGACACAGGCGGAGUCCACCGGGGGCUACCCGACCGUGGCGUUCGAUCCUGAGGAACUGUCCAGCACCAGGCGCUGCCCCGGUUGCGGUACAGGCAGGCUCGGUUUGAAGCUGAGCCGCACGGGAGGGUUCAUCGGCUGCAGCAACUACCCGUCUUGUGGACACACCCGUCAGUUGGUCAAUGACGGUGAUGGUGCAGUCGGCGGCGGCAAUUUCCCCAUCGAGCUCGGCACCGAUCCGGAAAGCGGUGGAGACGUCGCUAUUCAGAACGGACCUUAUGGACCGUACAUUGAGCUUCAGAUGCCGUCGUCUCCUGACGAUUCCAAGAAGACAAAGCCUCAGCGCUUUGGGCUCAAGAACAUCGGCCUCAAGCCCGAGGAUGUCGACAUGGACCUGGCCAUGACCCUGCUGCGGUACCCCAUGGUGCUCGGCCCUCACCCUGAGGAUGGGAAGGAUGUUGUCAUGAACAUGGGCCCAUUCGGUUGGUACGUCUCCCACGACGGCGUCAACGCCAGCCUGUCCAAGAAGGUGCUCCAGAAGGCCAGAGAUGACGCAGUCGCAGCUACUUGUGGAGACGUCUCCUUCAGCGAUGAAGCACUCGUGGCUGUGGCGGAUGAUUUCGUCAACGUGGACAUUAGCGAGGGCAGCGACGCAUUGAUCGACGAAGAUAUGACCUGCGACGACGGGAGGACCCUGGAUGUUGACCAGAAGCGCAAGGUGCUGUUGGCGCAACACUCGCCUGUACCCCUCGAUGUCGCGGUUGAGGUUCUGACAAGGAAGCGUGAAAAGCCUCCGAGUGAGCGGGGCAGGUGGGGAAAGAAGAAGGAGAGCACCACUAAGGGCGAGACAAAGGCUAAAAAGGUGAAACCGGAGAAGGUCAAGGCGAAACGUGCCCCAUCGGCGUACAUCCUGUACUGCAACGAGGCGAGGUCUAAACUUCCCGAGGGUCUCAAGGUGCCCGAGCAGGCGAAGCUGCUUGGCGCGCAGUGGAAGGCUCUGGACGAGAAAGAGAGGGUCAAAUUCGAGAAAAUGGCGACUGAGGCCAAGGCUGCGAUCGCGGACGCCGCUCCCGAGACGAAGGCCAAGGGUAAGGGAGCGAACAGUGAGCCAAAGCCAAAGCGUGCCCCAUCGGCGUACAUCCUGUACUGCAACGAGGCGAGGUCGAAGCUUCCCGAGGGCCUCAAGGUGCCCGAGCAGGCGAAGCUGCUUGGGGCUCAGUGGAAGACUUUAGAUGCGGUGGAGAAGGCGAGGUUCGAAGGGAUGGCUGCCGAUGCGAAGCUAGAGGCAAAGGCGAGAUAG